GCCGGCCGCGCCAUCGCGGGGGCCCCGCGGGGCGGCGCCGGGGAGCGCCCGGCCCGACAUGGCGGCGCGCGGCAGGUAGCGGGGGCGCGCGACCCGGCCCGGCCCGGCCCCGGCCCCGCCAUGCACUUCUCCAUCCCCGAGACCGAGACCCGCGCUGGCGACGGUGGCGCCGCCUACGUGGCCUACAACAUCCACGUGAACGGGGUGUUGCACUGCCGAGUGCGUUACAGCCAACUCCUGGGGCUGCACGAGCAGUUAAGGAAAGAGUAUGGCGCUAAUGUGGUGCCAGCCUUUCCCCCAAAGAAGAUCUUCACACUCACCCCGGCAGAGGUAGAACAACGACGGGAACAGCUGGAGAAGUACAUGCAGGCUGUGCGGCAGGACCCGACGCUGGGAGGCAGCGAGACCUUCAACAGCUUCCUGCGCAAGGCCCAGCAGGAGACACAGCAGAUACCCACAGAGGAGGUGGUGCUGGAAGUGCUGCUCUCCAAUGGCCAGAAGGUCAAGGUCACCAUCCUGACCUCGGACCAGACGGAGGAUGUCCUUGAGGCGGUGGCUUCCAAGCUGGAUCUGCCAGAUGACCUGGUCGGCUACUUCAGCCUCUUCCUAGUGAGAGAGACCAAGGAUGGAGCUUUAUCCUUCGUGCGGAAGCUGCAGGAGUUUGAGCUGCCAUAUGUGUCUGUCACCAGCCUGCACAACUCCGAGUUCAGGAUCAUCCUGCGCAAGAGCUACUGGGACUCCUCCUAUGACGAUGACGUAAUGGAGCAUCGUGUUGGGCUGAACUUGCUGUAUGCACAGACGGUGUCGGACAUCGAGCAUGGAUGGAUCCUUGUCAACAAGGAACAGCACCGGCAGUUGAAGUCCCUGCAGGAAAAAGUCUCCAAGAAGGAGUUCAUCCGCCUGGCGCAGACCCUGAAGUACUACGGCUAUCUCAAGUUCGACCCUUGCAUCACUGACUUCCCCGAGAAGGGAUGCCACGUCGUUGUCAGUGCUGGCAACAACGAGCUCAACUUCCAGGUGCGGCUGCCGAACGAGCAGAUCAAGGAAGGCAGUUUCAAGGUCACGCGCAUGCGGUGCUGGCGGGUCACGUCCUCGGUGCCGAUGAGCAACGGUCCCUCAGGGAGCAGCCCAGGGAAGUCUGAGGUGAAGCUGGAGUUGGCUUUCGAGUAUCUAAUGAGCAAGGACCGGCUGCAGUGGGUGACCAUCACCAGUCCACAGGCCAUCAUGCUGAGCAUCUGCCUGCAGUCCAUGGUGGAUGAGCUGAUGGUGAAAAAGUCUGGAGGAAGCAUCCGCAAGAUGUUUCGCCGGCGGGUGAAUGGGGCCCUGCGGCGCUCGGACAGCCAGCAAGCUGUGAAAUCACCCCCGCUGCUGGACUCGCCCGAUGCCUCCCGGGAGCCGAUGGCCAAACUCUCGAGCAAGCUCACUUCUGUCAGCCUGCGAGGGAUCAGCCACUCCAGCUCUGCUAACGAUGUGGGCGCUAACGACUUCCAUGGCAAUUACGCCUUUGAGGGCAUUGGUGAUGAAGAUCUGUAGUGCCCCACGUGCUAGGACAGAACUGGCACGAGGGCCUUCGCUGAGGAAUGUACGACCUGCAGACAGGUUGCAAUCAACGUGCCUCUCACCUGCUACAUCCACCUUCCCCUGCUCCCCCAGGGCUGGGGAGCUCACCCCAGCCCACCGUUGCCUUCAGGGUGGGGGCAGCUGAACUCCUCCUGCUGCUGGCUCCAGCUGGGAGAGGGCUUAUUCCCAGGGCGGCACCAGUCCAGCCUGAGCAGCAUGCCCAGGCUGAGCAGCGUCGUGGACCCUGGCUCAGCGUGGGGGGGCAGAGCUGCUCCCUCCCCAGCCGGGAGGGCCUGGCCUGAGCACCCAGCUGUGCAGGAGAGCAGCUGCCCCAGGUGGCUGGGGCAGUGGCUUGGCCGCAGCGAGCAGCCCUCGUGAGGCUCCAUAAUGCCAAAUUAGCAUUUAGGUUUCUGCUCAGAGACAGACUGCAGUAAACUGUCUCCAGGGGGCUCUGCGCAGAGCCCCCUCUCUAACCCACUCAUAGACUCCUGCGUAAUCUAGGCUUGUAACCACGUAUCUCCUGCUGCUGAGACCAACCAGAGCAUUAAUGGACAGUAACCGAUGUUUACACGUUGCAAUGAUGAUUAAAAUGGAUCCUGAUUGGUA